AUGGCCUCAAAACCGACAUUUACCGAUCAACAACUGGAGUUGUACCUGGAGCGCAUUGGAUACUCAAACUCCGAUGACCGUCUCCAAAUUCUCCGUCAAAGCAUCCAGAAUGAUGCUCUCGGUACAUUGGCUGAACUGCAAAGACGCCAUCUCGCCGCCAUUCCUUGGGGUAAUUCGGGAAUGCACUACUCGCAGCAUCAUACCAUCGCUCUAAACCCACAUUGGCUGUUUGAAAAGAUGGUGAACCGACGACUGGACGGGUAUUGCAUGGAGAACACGGGCAUUUUUUUUAUUGUCUUGAGAUCUUUGGGGUAUCAUGUUUAUGCCACCGGAGGCAGAGUCAGCCAUGCGGCAGCAAAGGGUGUGAAUAAUGGAUUAUAUCUGGCAAUUGGACAUAUGAUCCUGAUUGUAAUGAUUCAAGGCGAGAAGUAUAUGGUUGACGUUGGCUUUGGAAACAACUGUGCCACCGCUCCACUGCCGCUGCGAGAGAAUGCUACUGCUACGUAUAUUGCACCCUCUGAAAUGCGGUUGGUCAAGGAGAAUCUUGUCGAGUUCACGGACCCAAGCCAGAAGGUUUGGGUUUUCCAAACAAGAUAUAACCCCGAGAGCGAUUGGGUGCCGCAGAUCUCCUUUUCCGACGUGGAGUUCCUACCGCAAGAUUUCGAGGUCAUGAACUUCUCAGUCAGCCAGAGUCGAACUAGCUGGUUCACCAAAACCUUUAUCUGCACGCGGAUGCUUCUGAACCUAGAUGGUACAGAGGUCAAGGGCCAGUGUGUGAUGACGGGACAUGAGGUCAAACGGAGAGUACGCGGGCAGACUGAGAUCCUGGAGACCUUGCACUCUGAGGGGGAUCGCGUCAGGGCAUUGGCGAAAUACUUUGAUAUGCACCUUCGCGAGGAUGAAAUCCAGGGUAUUAAGGGCAUGGCCUCGGAGCUCAUUUAA